CGGGGCGCCAUGGCCGAGAGCGGCGGCGGCAGCGCCCGGCUGUGUCGCCGCUGCUGGAAGCGCCACAUCGUCCGGCAGCUGCAGCAGCGGGAUCGGGCGCAGAAGGCGCGCUUCCUCGACCUGGUGCAGGCCUAUAACAAGCUCUUGGAAAAAUCCAACCUGGAAAACCUCACUGCAAAGCUGCAAGCUAAAUCUCUGGAUAACUUGCGUGGAUUCCCUCCCAGACCCACCCAGGAGACCCCUGACUGUUUCUUGGGGGCAGUCUUGGGCUCUGCAGAAACGACGGAGAGCCUGAAGGGGAUUCAUGAGAGACAUUUGGCGGAGGUGGAAAGCAUCAAUGGGCAGCUUGCCUACAGCAUCUAUGAAUGGAACUUGCAGCUCAAAGCGAAAGAUGCCGAACUGGAGGAGCAGAGGGGCAGGCUAGCCGGCCUGAGCGGACAGGUCUCUGAGCUGGAGGCCGAGCACCGCCUGCUGCGGGAGCAGGUGGAGGAGCUGAGCCGCAGGACCGCGGCCAUGAAGGACGACUACGGCUCUCUGCACCAGCGCUACCGGCAGCAGGACGCGGACUUCCGCCAGGCGGUCGAGAGAGGCCUGGAGCUGCUUACGUGCCUCAUGCAGAAGAAAGCGGAGGCUGCCGAACACAGGAACAAGGCCCUCGAGAGGGCAAAGCAAGACCGGCUGGCCAAGGAGCUGAAGAAGGCAGUAAGGACCCCGGUUGGCAUUAAGGUAGAGCCAGAAGAUGGGAAGGCUGAUGAGCAAAAGAUGCCACGCAGAGAUGCCCAGGAGGAGUCUGGCGAGAAGAUGUUGAAAAGGCCCUUUCGAUCUGCUUCUGCUACUUCCAUGACCCUCACCAGAUACGUGGGUGUUUUCAAAGGUUUGUUUGAUUUCAGGAUGAAACGUGGCAGCUCCUUCAGCAGCCCGUCGGAGGAACGGUCCUAUUACAUCCCCUCCUGUGCGGCCGCCUGCCUUCCGUCAAGAGUGAGGGACGAACAGGAAGGCCAUGCCUCCGAAAUCAACGCUGCCAGGUUCAGUCCCAAUUCAUCCGUCCUGGCCACUGGCGGGGCCGACAAGCUGAUCAGGCUCUGGGAUGUGGCAGGAGGGCGAAUGGAGAAAGUGAAGACACUGGAAGGGGCGAACGGAGGGAUCACCAGCGUUGAGUUUGACCCAUCGGGAUUUCACGUCUUGGCCGGUACAUACAACAAUGCUGCUCAGCUAUGGAAGGUUGACGACUGCCAUUUCAAGGAGGUUCUGACGGGGCACACAGACAAAGUGACAGCUGCAAGGUUCAGAGCCACCCGGCACCAAGCUGUGACGGGCAGCCGGGACAGGACGGUGAAGGAGUGGGAUUUGACCAAAGGGGCGUGCUACAGAACCAUUGGCGUCUUCUCCUAUUGCAAUGAUAUUGUGUGUUGCGACACCUUCAUCAUCAGUGGACAUCAUGACAAGACCAUCCGUUUCUGGGACAGCAGAGAUCCCCGCUGCACACAGGUGAUCCCUGUGGAAGGCAAGGUGACUUCCUUGAGCAUCAGUCCCGAUCAGAUGCAUCUACUGAGCUGCUCCAGGGACAACGCCCUCAAAGUCAUCGACCUUCGAAUGCACAACAUCCGGCAGGUCUUCAGGGCUGAGGGAUUCAAGUGCGGUUCCGAUGGGACCAAAGCAGUUUUCAGCCCCGAUAAAAGCUAUGCCCUGGUUGGCUCCGCAGACGGCGCUCUCUACCUAUGGAACAUGGAGACGGGGAAGCUAGAGACCAGCCUGCCUGGAGUGCACAGCUCACCUGUGAACGCUGUGGCUUGGAGCCCCUCUGGAGCCUAUAUUGGGAGUGUGGACCGAGGCAGGAAGGUGGUCCUCUGGAGCUGAGCUCUGUGGCCACGUGGAGAUGAGGAUGAUGCCAGGCUCCUGUCUCUCUCU